AUGAUUCUCUACCCCCCGGGGAACACUUCAGCUCCCAUCGAGGUCGAGUACAGCACCCUGCUCACACAGGCAACGAGGAAUAGCCAUAUUGUCCGCUCCAUCAAAGGUUUCAGGGCGGGCAAGCCGGUGCUGCUCCGUCUAGAUGACCACUGGGACACAAUCCUCUGGUUCUGGGCCAUUCUGCUCGCCAGCGGCCUCCCGGUGCCGUCACCCCCUUUCAGCAAUGUUGUCGGGCAACGCCGGAGACAUAUCGAGAGUCUGGCCACGCUCCUGGAGUCACCGAUACGCAUCACCCGAGCCAAGUCUCUGGCCCUUUUUGAUAUACCCCAUGGCAUGCAACUCUACUCCAUCGAGUCGCUGCUCCAGCAUGCCCGUCCACCGCCUGCAGAUUCAACCGCGUUGCGUGACAGCGGCAGCAACAAUGUGAACAACGGCCCGGCCAUGUUGAUGCUGACGUCCGGGAGCACUGGCAACGCAAAGGCCGUGAAGUUGAGCCACAGACAGAUACUCGCAGCCUCCGCGGCCAAGGCCUCUGUGCGCCGACUUCCCCCGGACCGGCCCUUUCUGAACUGGAUCGGACUUGACCAUGUGGCGAGCCUGGUGGAAAUCCACAUACAGGCCUUAUACCUUGGCCUUGACCAGGUUCAUGUUCACGCCGCCGACAUGACGCCGUCGCCGACGGUGUUUCUCGACCUUCUCGUCUCUGCUACACAAGAGGAAACGACGCCGCCAACGAGUCCGAGGUGGGACUUGCGAGACCUGGUCAUUCUAGCCUCCGGGGGAGAAGCAAACGACACUCUGGUGUGCCGGGCAGCAGCCUCCUUGCUCGCACGGCACGGUGCUCCUCCCAACGUCAUCACACCGGGGUUCGGGAUGACAGAGACGUGUGCCGGGGCGAUAUUCAACCUCGACUGUCCCGUAUAUGACGUCGAGCACAAACAUGCAUUCACGUCGGUGGGGGAGUGCAUCAAGGGCGUCGAGAUGCGCGUCACCAUCCCGGCUCGGAACGGCGAGGUGGUGCUGGCUUCGUGCGGCCAGCCCGGUGACCUCCAAGUCCGCGGCCCGGUCGUCUUCGACGGCUACUAUCGCAACGAGGAAGCCACCGCCGAGGCAUUCACGUCGGACGCCUGGUUCCGGACCGGCGACCGGGCCAUGGUUGACUCCCAGGGCAAUCUCACCAUGAUGAGCAGGGCCAAGGACGUCGUCAAUAUCAACGGCGUCAAGGUAAACUCGGCCGACAUCCAGGUAUGUCUCGACCAGAGCGUGGGCCGGCGGGUCAAGUACGUCGUCGGCUUCCCAUCCCGGGCGGCACAUGCGCACACGGAGCAGGUCACGGUUGCCUACGUGCCGAACGAGUCGCCGCUGCCGGCCCAGGUUGCUGUAGAUGUCACCGGCAGCAUCGUCGAGGCCUGUCUCCUCUGUACCGGCUCGAGGCCUGUAGUCUUCUCUCUCGACGACGAGUCACUGCUCCCGAGGACGACCCUCGGGAAGUUGUCGAGAGCCAAGAUGCGGGCGCUGUUCGAAGACGGUCUCUUCUCGCAAAGCGUCGACAGCCAUAGUCUCCUCAUACAGAACUUUAGACUGCAGCACUUGAGCCAUCCCAGCAGCGAAGCAGAGGCCAGCCUCGUGGCCGAUUUCGCCAGCACGCUGAAUCUCCCGCCGGACGUCAUCGGGGUGGACACGCCCGUCUUCGACAUAGGCCUCACCUCGAUGGACCUGAUGCGGCUCAAGCACCGCAUCGACUGUCGUCUGCGCAUGAGCGUCCCCGUCGUCGUGCUCAUGAAGAACCCUACGGCACGGUCCCUGGCUCGUGCUCUCGACGGCCUGUGCCUCGAGCCCGCCGUUGCGUAUGACCCGCUUGUCCCUCUGCGAAGCAGCGGCAGCAAGACACCGCUGUGGCUUAUCCAUCCCGGCGUGGGCGAGGUGCUUGUCUUUGUCGGGCUCGCGCAACAGCUUGCCGACGACGACCGCCCAGUCUAUGCGCUGCGAGCGCGCGGUUUCGAGCCGGGCCAGCCUCGUUUCGGCUCCAUUGCCGAAGCCGUCGAGGUAUACCGGGCCACGAUCCGACGGCGGCAGCCCAAGGGUCCUUACGCCAUUGCCGGCUACAGCUACGGCUCGAUACUGGCCUUCGAGGUGGCCAAGCGGCUGGAGGGCGAAGACGGAGCGCCGGUCCCCUUCCUGGGAAGCUUCAACCUGCCUCCGCACAUCAAGCCUCGCAUGCGCCAGCUGAACUGGAACCUGUGCCUGCUUCACCUGGCGCAUUUCCUAGGCCUCGUGACGGAGGAGCGCGCCGACAGCCUCGAGGACCGAUUCGGCCGUCGUCUCCGCGCCGACGCAAUAGCACAGCUGCUGAGCAUGGCACACAAGCAACGCAUGACGGAGCUCGGGCUCAACGAGGCCAACUUGGUGAGCUGGGCUGACCUGGCAUUUGGGCUGCAGAGCAUGGCCGUCGACUACGAGCCGCACGGCGAGGUUGGCGCAAUGGACGUGUUCCACGCUGCGCCGCUCAGGGCAGCCGCCAAGUCCCGGGAAGACUGGAUGGAGAAUCACCUGAGGAAAUGGGCCGACUUUUGCAGAGCCGAGCCCAGGUUCCACGAGGUCCAGGGCGCGCACUACACCAUGAUUGGGCCUGAUCACGUAGCCAGUUUUUCAAAGGCACUCAAGGCUGCCUUGAGUUCCAGGGGGGUGUAG